AUGUGCUCCUUGCCGCCCAGUGGAAUGAGUCGGGUCUCCAAACGCAUGAUGUGGCGAUCUGUUGGCGACACUUGGAAGAUGGUCCAAGGAAUGGCCAUGAAGAAGUUUGUGACCGACCCAGCGUUGUGUCGGGAUAUGUUCUUUGGUGGUCCCAAUGACGACAAUGAAGAGUAUGAAGCUGAAUCUGAAGCAAAUCCAGAUGCUGAACCCAAUGCCGAUGCAGAUGCCAACACUGCUGACACCGCCAACGAUGAUGAUUAUGGCGAAGAAGCUGAAGCUAGUCCGGAUAUAUCUACAACGGCCGGAUAUGAUGAUGUGGCUGGAGCCUUUUGUCAUAUGAAAUGGCACCCACAAAUGGUCGAGAUGCAUUGCUACCGUAUCUUCGGCCAUGUUUUCUUUUCUACUGGACUGGCCUUUGGAGACAAUACCUGUCCUCCAAAUUGGGACACUGUCGCAUGUGCCCGGAAACAACUUGCCCAAUACUUUUGGAACCAACCUGAUACCAUCGCAGCGGUGUCCGAACUCAUCCCCACCGAGAUCAAGACUGCUCCACUUCCGUCACCGUCAGAGAUUCGAGAUUUCACCCCAGCUGAACCCGAUUCCAGGCACCGUGGGGUCUUGAAUGCAGAUGGCAGCCGCAAGAGCCCCCUGUAUGAUCAUCACGUGGAUGACGUCUUGUAUGUGGAGAUUGGAAAAAAUCUGAUGCAGGCUGUUUGUGCAAGCAUCCGAGCCUUGUAG